AAGAUGGCGGCGCGGUGGGGAGCAGGCGAGGAGACUUUAACUGCGUGCAAUAUGGAAUUUUUCCCUAUGGAUACACUAGACGAGACUGCUGUGCUGAGCUCUGGAGAGACUCUGGAAGCCCUUCAAAGCUGCUUAGACCCCUCCAUCCUUUCUAUAUUUGAGGACACACCGACAAUAGAGACUAAAGGACUGGAUGAGGAGAGCGAAGCCACGCUGCUAACCGCCCUGACAGAGAUCCUGGACAAUGUAGAUGAUGAGAACCUGUCCCCGUUUGACACACUGCCUGACUCAGACCUGCUGUCAGGUCAGAAGGGCAGGGAACACUCUCCGCUCCGGAGAUUGCUGUGUCUGUCUCGUUCCCCUCCCGACAAAGACUCACUAUGCAGUGCAAGACCCAUAUCAACUGGAAAGAGCCUCCCCAGGAUACAUGCAGAUUCUCUCCAGAGGAGUGAUGGAGAGGAAGAAGAAGAUGGCUCUCUCACUCUGAGCCCAGUGAGACUCAAUUCAUCUCUUGACAGUGCCCUUUUAGACUGGGAAGGUCCGACCCUCCCGCUCUCUGUCACCUUUGAGCAGGAGGGUGAAGAUGGCGUUUCGGUUAGCCUGGGGGACUUGGUCAGGCAUAUGCACCCGUAUUGUAUGGCCAUUUGUGUAGAGAACGACGAUGGGGAACAGAUGUUGCCCGAAGGAGGGAUCCUCCUGGAGGUUGUGGACCAGGGGGAGAAUGGAGAACCCAUCCUUGCCAUCCCAAACAUGGAUCUCCCGGUCUCUCUGCCGCUCGAAGAGCAGUCUUCAGAGAAUGAGCAGAAACUCGCAGAUGAAGCAGAAGAGGCGGCCUCUGACAGCUCGGAGCAUAUAGUCGUUGAUGAUGAAGAUGUAACAGUCGGCGAGGCUCCAGUGAAAGUUACAGCACGUCCAGAUGUGAAAGAUGAGAUGAUCAUAAAGAGACAGAAGGAAGAUAUUAGAGAAAAAAGCUCCUCCUCGAGGAAAAAGAAAAAGAAAAUCAAAGAACACUGCCAACCUGAACCUGUGGAGGGAAGGGUCCUUAGGAGCGGUACACUAAGAAAGACGGUACAGGAAGCACCCAUACAGCCUGAAAAAAUGUCAGUCAAAGAAAAGAAAAAACACAAAAUCCCAAAGGUUCCUGUUGCCUUCACUCCAGCUUCUUCCUCUGUGAAGCCUAAGAAGCUAAAUCCAUGCCAAACCGAAACACAAACAGAAAUCGCCACUACAACACUAUUGCCUGAAGUGAAAGCGCAAGUUGCCACAUGUGUGUCACCCAGACAGGACACUGCUCUGUUAAAAGAUGCCCCGGAGGAGAGUCGGUGUAGCAGUUCACCCACAGCAGUGAGCUCCCAACAGCCCAAUGAAACUCCUAAACAGCCGGGCCCAGCCCCCGAGAAGCUUGAAGACUCAUCAGCAGCUCCCCCUGCUGCCCUUGCCCUGCUGUCUUCAGAGAGCCCUGCAGCUGCUCCUAGUCCCGUAACACCCCAGAUGACACCACCUGUUUGUGAGGCCCUCCCUCCUGUGGCCACUGCAGUCCCAGAGCCGAAACCCAAAUCCCUCAGUCUAGCGGAGUACCGGCGGCUCCGGCAGCAGAAAAAGCCGGCGCCGGUGGAAAAGCAAGACGAUAACAGCACCAAGUGGCCCUGCCUGCCAGAGCUUCCUAAAGAGCUGCCCCCAAUUCCCUGCCUGCCUGACCCCAGCCCCAAGGAUUCCCGACGCCCCAACCCCCAGGCAGCGAAGAAGGAAGUGGAGGAGGUCAAGCCUGCCUGGCAGCCAAGAGGACCGGCUGCGCCACCCACCCCCGAGGCUCUGCUGGUGCCACCAGCCUACAUGGUUGCUUCAUCCAGCAAGGUUUCCGCUGCUACUCCUGUUGCUAAACCCCAGCAAACACCUGAACCUUCCAAACCUUCUCUACCUGAAAAACCCUCAGUUCCUGUCGCUAAUUCAGGGAAGGACUUGCCCACAAAUCAACAUGCCACUGCUCAACCUGCAGUACCUUGUGUGCCUCUGAGCUCCGAGUCUCCAGCUUCUUUAAAACAUGCCACUCAGUUCAUGUCGUCAGCAGAUGGGAAGUGCUCUCCCGUUCUUUCGGGAGGAAAGGGUGGAGUCGAUGAAAAGCCCCAAUCUCAGCCUUUAUCUCUAAAAUCUGUGGAGCUGAUUAAACCCUGUCCUACAACCACUACAGAGUCAAUCAAACCCACCGCUGCUACUGUGUCUGCCUCCAGUGCCCCCCAGAAGACCACUGUUGUUUCCCAAAAGGUGCCUGAGGUCACCGCUGUUACCACGUUAAAUAGCCCCAUCGCAGCUGAUAACAAGGCCUCCAAGCCCACAGCCAGUGGUACCCAGCAGUGUUCCUAUUCAGCUGCUCAGCCCUCAGACUCCCAGAGUCUGAAGGCACAACCUGUUGUGCUUGAAACUAAAGAGAACUCCACUACAGCAGUGAAGCCCCAAAGGGCAAAGAACCCCACACAGGAGCUGAUUGAGGCCUUCACCAGUGAGAUCGGUAUUGAAGCUGCUGAUCUGACCAGCUUGCUGGAGCAGUUUGAGGAAACCCAAGCCAAAGAGGAGCAAUGUGUGCCGGAGGUCUCUGGUAGAGCAGCAGCUGUAGGAAACUCGAGUUUUGAGUUGGCUCCAGAGAAAACAGUUGUGGAACGUGUGAGAGCUAAUGACCUCUCCAGUACGGCAGCUCUGACUCCUCCAGCCACUCCUCCCCACCAGGUGUGGAAACCUCUGGCCCCUGUGGCCCUGCUGGGGAAGAGCAAGGCCGCUGAGGCCUCCAAGUCGAGCCCCUCCAAGGUUAUCCAGAUAGAGGCUCGCCCACUGCCCACAGUGAGGUCCCGCAGUAAACCCACUCCUGCCGCCACCACUGUAGACCCCGACUUGGCAUGCAUGGACCAUGACUAUUGCAUCCCCAACAAAGGCACUUCCACUGGAGAGCCAGGCAAGCGCUGGAAUGUCAAACAGCAAUCUUUUAUCACUAUUAAACCCAUCAAGCAAGCCGCUACAGCCACCACACAGACACCAGCUGCGCUGGCAUCGUCUGUCCCGUCUACCACAAACCUUGCCGUUACAACCAAAACACAAAGUUUUCCACUGACAGAGCCCCUGGAUCACAGGACAGAUGAGAUGGAGGGGAGCUCUGUACUGGAAACUCCUGAUGCUUCUCCUGCACGAGAGGAGACCGAUUCCGCUGUUAAAGAGAGCCACAGGAGAGGGCCUUUUGGGAGGGCCUACCGUCAACGUGCUGCCUCUCGCACACCCAGCCCCGGAUCUAGCCCCAAAGAAAGGACUGGAGGCCGACCUAGAAAAAGAAGAUCCCACCGUUCUCCCAGCCCUAUGUCCAGCAGCUCAGAGUCAGACUCUCAUUCCUCUAGAUCUCGGUCAAGAUCACGGCCUCCAUCUAAGAAAAGGUAUCGCCCCCGUCACUCUGAGAGCAGUUCCAGCUCCUCAUCCCGCUCCUCAUCUCGGUCCUCUCCCUCUGUGUCCUGCUCCCCUCCCAGGAGGAGGAGGUAUUCAUAUUCCUCCUCUCGUUCUGGCUCGUGGAGUCGCUCCAGGUCACGAUCUCAAUCCCCUCGGAGACAAGCACAGUGGAGCAGAAACAGUAGAUUGUACAGUCCCUCAUAUAGACCUGGCUAUGGUCACAGUGAAAAGAUGGAUGUGCAAGAGGUGAAGAGACGCAAGGAAAAAGCCAUUGAGGAGCGCCGGGUUGUUUACGUUGGUCGAAUUCGGGGUACGAUGACCCAAAAAGAACUUAGAGAGCGCUUCACUUUAUUUGGCGAGAUUGAGGACUGCACCCUGCACUUUAGAGACCACGGGGACAACUAUGGCUUUGUGACCUAUUACGACACCAAGGAUGCUUUCAGGGCCAUUGAAAAUGGAAGCAAGCUGCGCAAGCCUGAUGAGCUGCCAUUUGAUCUCUGUUUUGGUGGACGGAGACAGUUCUGCCAGACGGGCUAUUCUGACUUGGAUUCGAGUAGAGAGUAUGAUCCAUUGCCUGUGAAAGGCAAGUUUCAAGCACUAGACUUCGACACUUUACUAAAGCAGGCCCAGCAGAACAUGAAGAGGUAACAAGAGGCCUGCAGCAGGAAGCAGCUCACACUUACCUCAGAGCCAACAGCUGGCUCCCCACCUGCAACACUGUCAUUACAUUUUAGUUGUUGCAUUACUUUUCUUUUGUUUGUUUUGUUUUGUUUCUGCAAGCUAACACCUUCUAUUGAAGUGAAGAUUUGUAAUGAAAGUAGUAAAAGACGUUAAAAAAAAAAGGAAUAAGUGAAAUAAGAUAAUUUUUUAAAGUUUAUUUAAAUGUACAAUCAAUUUGAAUUGUAUGGAGAGAGAGAGAGAGAGAGAGAAUCAUUUUUAAAAGGGGAAAAAUAAGUGGAAUGGAGCUCCCUAAUUCUUGGGAGAGGAUGUAAUACAUUUAAAUGUACUACAAACCUAAAUUAAAAAAGAUAAACUGAAAUGUGUUGCUUCUUUCACUCCAGCUCACCUGUGUCUUUGCAUUUGUCACUGUUUGGUCACAUCUUUAAAAACAUAAAAUAUUUGUCAAUACUUCACACAAGACAUUUUGUC